GUCUGGAAGGGCUAGCUAAGAAAUCAAGGAUGAAACUCCUUUUUGUAGCUGCCUUUGCACUCUUUGUGCUCUCUACAUUCGACCAGGCUGACUCUUCAGCUUAUGACAAAAUAGUUGCCCACAGUCGCAUUAGGGCAAGAAAAGAAGGACCCAAUGUCUGCGCGCUCCAGCAAGUCAUGGGGACCAAGAAGAAGUACUUUAGCACUUGUCGCAAUUGGUACCAAGGGGCCAUCUGUGGAAAGAAAGCGACUGUGCUUUAUGAGUGCUGCCCAGGGUACAUGAAGCUGGAGGGCAUGCGUGGUUGCCCUGCAGUGGCCCCAAUUGACCAUGUGUAUGGCACCUUGGGUCUGGUGAAAGCCACCUCAACCCAAAAAUACUCAGAUAUUUCUAAGCUGAGGCCCGAGAUUGAGGGAUCUGGAUCCUAUACCUUCUUUGCCCCAAGCAAUGAGGCCUGGGAGAGUUUGGAUGAGUCUGUGAGGAGUGCACUGGUCAGCAAUGUCAACAUUGAACUGUACAACGCUCUGCAUUAUCACAUGGCCAACAAACGCUUCUUAACCAAAGACUUGAGGAAUGGAAUGACAGUCACCUCCAUGUACAAUGACCUCGGUCUUCAUAUUAACCAUUACUCCAAUGGGGUGGUGACUGUGAACUGUGCCAGGAUCAUCUAUGGCAACCAGGUUGCCUCAAAUGGAGUUGUGCAUGUCAUUGAUCGUGUCAUCAGUGCUGUUGGAAACACCAUCCAGGACACCGUCGAGGUUGAUGAUGACCUGACAACUCUGAGUGAUCUGGCUCAAAAUUCUGGGCUGCUGGACAAGCUGGGUCAGCCAGGACAUUACACUCUCUUUGCCCCCACCAAUGAAGCCUUUGAGAAGCUAGGCAGCGAUGUGUUGGAGAGACUUCAGAGCGACAAAGAGGUCCUCAAAGCUCUUCUGAAUUUCCACCUACUGGACUCUAUCCAGUGCUCUGAGGCUAUAAUAGCUGGCAGCUCUUAUGAGACCCUGGAGGGCAACAACAUUGAGAUUGGCUGUGAUGGUGAAAGUUUAACUGUCAACGGUAUCAAGAUGGUGCUCAAGAAGGACAUUGUCACCACGAAUGGAGUCAUCCACUUUAUUGACGAAGUGCUCAUGCCAGACUCAGCUAAGCAGGUGAUGGAACUGGUGGGACAGUCCCAGUCAACCUUUGGUGACAUGGUGUCCGAACUGGGCCUUUCUGCUGCUAUGAAACCAGAGGCUGAGUACACUUUGCUGGCUCCCCUCAACGUUGCCUUCACUGAUGAAGUGAUGUCCAUGGAUCAGAGGUUGCUCAAGAUUGUACUGGAGAACCACAUCUUGAAAAACAAGAUUGUCCUGGGACAGUUGUACAAUGGCCAGCGGCUGGAGACCAUCGGGGGAAAAUAUCUGAGGGUCUUCAUCUAUCGCACAGCUGUGUGCAUUGAGAAUUCCUGUCUGGUAAGGGGCAGUAAAGAGGGAAGCAAUGGGGCCCUUCAUCUCAUGAGGACUCUGUUGAAACCAGCGGAAAAAACCAUGUUUGAGAUUCUGACAGAAAAUGGAAGGUUCAAGAUCUUUUUGUCUCUGAUGGAGGCUGCUGGCUUGACUGACUUGCUGAAACAGGAGGGAGACUUUACCCUGUUUGCCCCUAGCGAUGAGUCUUUCACUGGUCUGAGUGAGAGUGAUUUCGCCUUGUUGAAGAGUGACAUCAAUGCUCUCAGAACCAUCCUUCUGUAUCACAUCAAUAAUGGUAUCUUCAUCGGUGGUGGUUUGGAGGGUGGAGUAACAAACCUUCUCAAGUCUCUCCAGGGCAGUAACCUCAAAGUGAAGUCUGCAAACAACACUAUGCUAGUGAAUUCUGUCCAAGUCCCCGAAUCUGAUAUCAUGGCCACAAAUGGAGUCGUUCACUUUGUCAACCACCUCUUAUAUCCUGCAGACAUGCCAGUUGGAAGCCAGGAUCUCCUUGUGCUACUGAAGAGGAUCAUCACAUACAUGCAAUUAAAGUUCAUCUCAGGAUUCAGAUAUCAGGAAAUUCCCCUUACAUUUAUGAAGAGGAUCAUCACUCGUGUCAUCGAGGAAGCUCCCGAAGUCACCAAAGUGACAAGGUUCAUCCAAGGGGAGCCCUCCAUCACCAAAGUUACCAGGGUUAUUGAAGGUCAACCCUCCAUCACCAAGGUCACCAGGGUUAUUGAAGGUCAACCUUCCAUCACUAAAGUCACCAGGGUUGUCACAGGCCCUCAGUACUCAGUCGCCACUGGCACCACCAACAUCGACCUGGAAGGAGUUGACAUUCCAGGAGUUACCAUUGUGGAAGGGAACGCUGAUUUGGACGCUGAAAGUUUUACCAGACUGAUCAAAGAAGGCAGUAACAGAAGAACCGCAGUCCGAAGAGUUUUAGCCGGCAACAGGAGGAGGGGAAGGGACUGAGCGUGGACAGAUGAGAAUAUCAACGUUGUAAAGGCGGAGAGAGAUACCAAACCCAGAGGUUGAGACUGGUGUUUCAGUACAGGGGAUACUCUCAAAUUGUCAGUGAUUUCAAAUGUACUGUAACAGGUAUAACUGACAAAAUUAAAUAAAACUAUUCUCAUAAACAAUUUAAUGGUGCUUUGAAUGUAUACCCCUAAUGAGUGUGCAAUGUCUUUUGGUUCAGUAUAUGUAAACUGUUCAACUGAACGUUUUGGCAUGACAUUAAAGACACAGAGCAAGUCAGGGUAGCAAUAAAAUCUUUUAAUAAGCCAUUAGGGUAGCAAUAAAAACAUUUCAAUUCUAAACUUCUCUAUGACUUUGCUAGAGGUGAAGGUUUGAACAAGGGGAUUUUACAAGCUGUUUGGGAAGAUUUAUAAAUCUCGCCAUGAUGCAGAUUGAAAAAAAAUGCUGAUGUGUUUUCAGACUUUAAUUGCUACAUUUUUUUUCAAUUUCUCUUUCAGCUGUAAGUUGUACGUUGUUUAAGGUUUCAUGUAAAUUUUGUCUGCUUGUAUCACUUGGAACUAUGUAUCCAACUAGAGACUUUCUCCUUUCUAUUUUCCAAACAUCUUCCAAUAAAGUGCUUUCAUUGAUAUGAACAUGCCAAUCUGAAAAAGGCGUCUAAAGA